GCGUGGGGUCGUGGGAGAAGUGCGGCAUGAGAGUCCUCGCGAGGGUCGGCGCGGGAGCGCUGAGCGCCGCUGUGCGCGCGGCCCUUCCCUGUGUUUGGAGAGGGAAAUAUUUCAGCUCCGGGGAGGAGCCAGCGAAAAACCAUCCCGUGACUCCGAUGUUGCGGCACCUUAUGUACAAAAUCAAGUCUACUGGUCCUAUCACAGUGGCCGAGUACAUGAAGGAGGUCUUGACCAACCCAGCCAAGGGAUAUUAUGUGCACCAGGACAUGCUAGGAGAAAAAGGAGAUUUCAUUACUUCACCUGAAAUCAGUCAGAUCUUUGGGGAGCUGCUAGGGAUAUGGUUUAUUAGUGAAUGGAUGGCUUCUGGGAAAAGUACAGCUUUCCAGCUGGUGGAACUGGGCCCAGGUAGGGGUACCCUUGCAGAAGAUAUUUUGAGGGUGUUCAGUCAGCUUAGAUCUGUGCUGAAAAACUGUGACAUUUCAAUACACCUGGUAGAGGUGAGCCAGAAAUUAAGUGAGAUUCAAGCAUUAACAUUGACUGAAGAGAAGGUCCCACUAGAACGGAAUGCUGAGUCCCCAGCAUAUAUGAAAGGUGUUACUAAGUCUGGGAUUCCAAUUUCCUGGUACCGGGAUCUGCGAGAUGUUCCAAAAGGGUACAGCUUUUAUCUUGCACAUGAAUUCUUUGAUGUCCUUCCUGUGCAUAAGUUUCAGAAAACACCACAAGGAUGGCGAGAAGUAUUCAUUGAUAUUGAUCCACAGGUUUCUGAUAAACUACGGUUUGUUUUGGCACCUUGUGCCACACCAGCAGAGGCCUUCAUACAACAUGAUGAAACAAGGGAUCAUGUGGAAGUGUGUCCUGAUGCUGGGGUUAUUAUUCAGGAACUUUCUCAACGCAUUGCACUAACUGGAGGUGCUGCGCUGAUUGCUGAUUAUGGUCAUGAUGGAACUAAGACAGAUACUUUCCGCGGAUUUUGUGGCCACCAACUCCAUGACGUGUUAACUGCCCCAGGAACGGCCGACCUUACAGCUGACGUGGACUUCAGUUAUUUGCGCAGGAUGGCACUGGGGAAAGUUGCUUCUCUGGGUCCAAUAAAACAACACAUGUUUUUAAAAAAUAUGGGAAUUGACGUCCGACUGAAGGUUCUUCUAGAUAAAUCAGAUGAUCCAUCACUGAAGCAGCAGCUACUUCAGGGAUAUGAUAUGUUAAUGAAUCCUAAGAAGAUGGGAGAAAGAUUUAACUUUUUUGCACUGCUACCUCAUCAGAGACUUCACAGUACAAAUCGCCAGAUGACUGGAUGUCAAUCAAAACCCUCUUCAUCACCCGUAGCUGGGUUUGGUGAACUUGCCUGGCGGUGAUACUUCAGUUUGGAUUUCUUGCCUCUAACUCUGCUUAAGAAAUCCAUUUAAAGGGAAUACAUUUUAUAUA